UUAAUUCGUGUUGUGUGUGUGCUACGGCUGCUAGUCACUCAUUCUGCGAGCUGCUCUCGUGCGUAUUCGGGUAGCUGCAAGGACCAAUUCGAAUAUUGCUAUCAGAAUACAGUAGUUGGAAAACAUACAUUUCUUCAGAACACUGAAAUCGUUUAGUCAGUCUGUCCAUCUAUUCUUCAAGGAGAAUAUCUUCGUGAGAUAUUGCAAUGCUUCAAACAAGGUAUCUCAUCUGGGCAUUGCUCUUUGGCUAUGCAGCCUCCCUGCAGGUGGAGAUCACCCCGAUGCAAGGAGAGAUCAGUAUGGGGGAGUCAAAAUUCUUCCUCUGCGAAGUUGUCGGAGAUGUAAAGGACAUUGAUUGGUAUGCCCCGAACGGUGAGAAGCUCCUACCGAACAGACAGGACAUCCUCGUGAACCGCAACGACGAGUCCUCGUCCACUCUCACGAUCUAUAACGCUAACGUGGACAAUGCCGGCAUCUACAAGUGUGUUGCCAAAAAUGGAGACAAGGAGUCUCAGGGCACCGUCAACGUUAAAAUCUUCCAAAAGAUAACCUUCAAGAACGCCCCUUCCCCACAGGAGUUCAAUGAAGGGGAUGACGCUGACAUCAUCUGUGACGUCGUCAGCUCGCCUCCCGCUGACAUCAUCUGGAAGCACAAAGGCUCAAAAAUCCAGGUUGCAAAAGACGUUCGAUUUAAGAUCCUGACCAACAACCACCUCCAGAUCCGAGGCAUCAAGAAAACAGAUGAAGGGGGGUACACCUGUGAGGCCCGUGUAAUGACCAGGGGAGAGAUUGACCUAAAGAUCAUCAAGGUCAUCGUCAACGUGCUCCCUAGCAUCCGCACAAGGCAGUCGGAGGUGAAUGCCACAGCGGACGUCAACCAGUCUGUGAUGCUGGCCUGUGACGCUGACGGCUUCCCUGAACCCACAGUCACCUGGGCCCGUAACAACAUUGUCCUUGAAUCGGACGAUAAGUACGGCCUGAACAACGACGGCUCGGAGCUGAUAAUAAAGGAUGUCAAGAAAGUGGAUGAAGGAGAUUACACAUGCAUCGCCCGGAACAAGGCCGGGGAGAAAGAGGAGGAAGUCAGCUUGAAUGUGUUCGUGCAACCUAAGAUCACCUACCUGGUCAACCAGACUGCAUCAGAGCUGGAGGAGCAGAUCACCCUGACCUGCGAGGCCUCAGGAGACCCCACCCCCACCAUCACCUGGAGCUUUGGUCGCAGGAUCUUCACAGAGGGAGAGCAGGCUUCUUGGACUCGGCCUGAGACGUACGAGAGUCUUGAUGGAAAUGUUGUGGUGCGUAGUCACGCACGGGUUUCCUCUCUCACCUUGAAGUAUGUCCAGUUCACCGAUGCCGGCCACUACCUCUGCACUGCCCGCAACUCCAUCGGUCAAGACCAGCAGACCAUGUACCUGGAAGUGCGCUAUGCUCCCAAGAUCCAGGGCUCGGUGACGGUCUACACCUGGGAAGGGAACGCAGCCAACAUCAGCUGUGAGGUGCUGGCUCAUCCGGGAGCCUCAGUGGUGUGGUUCAGAGAUGGCCAGCAGCUGUCUAGCACGAACACCACCAACGUCAAGAUCUACAACACACCAGCUGUCAGCUACCUCGAGGUCACCCCAGAUUCCCAGAAUGACUUUGGAAGCUACAACUGCACAGCUACCAACAUGAUCGGAGCAGAGUCAAAGGAGUUCCUCCUGAUCCAAGCAGAUGUGCCGUCGGCACCCGCCAUCGAGCGAGUGGAGCCCUUUUCCAGCACCGCUGUUGUGGAGUUUGAGGAGCCCGAUGCCAGCGGCGGCGUUGCCAUCCUCAAGUACCGGGCAGAGUGGCGCAUACAGGGUGAAGACUGGGCCGGCAGGGAGUACGACGCGGAGGAGGGCCUGAGCAUGAUCACCAUCGUUGGCCUGAAGCCCGAGACCUUCUAUGAGGUCAAGAUGUCCGCCAUCAACGGCAAGGGCGAGGGCGAGAGCAGCCCUCCCCAGAACUUCAAGACUGAGCCAGUCCGCUAUGCUUUCACAAGCGGCAUACCAUUUCAUUACUCUAAUGUGGACUCAGUUUCGUCAGUGACACCAACCUUCAUUCCUUCAACAAGUGCAGCCCUUAGGGAGCCCAGUCCCCCUAAACUGGAGGGCAAGCUGCAGACCACGGGCAACGCCCUCAAGGUCAACUGGAUCAAGCAGGACGAUGGAGGCUCGCCCAUCAAACACUACCUGAUAAGAUACAGAGCUAAGCACGUUCCGGACUGGAAGCCGGAGAUCCGCUUGCCCAACGGCAGUGAGUACGUGGUGCUGAAUAGCCUAGACUGGAACACAGAGUAUGAAGUCUACGUGGUGGCCGAGAACCAGCAGGGCAAGUCGCAGCCCGGCACCCUCUUCUUCUGGACUGCAGCAGAGCCCACCGCCAUCCCAGACACUAUGGAUAGCGGCUCAGGCCUAGGCACAGGGGCCAUCGUGGGGAUCCUCAUUGUGGUCUUUGUGCUGCUGCUGGUGGGCGUCGACGUCACCUGCUACUUCCUCAACAAGUGCGGCCUCGUCAUGUGCAUUGCCGUCAACUUCUGCGGCAAGUCCGGACCCGGAGCCAAGAGCAAGGACCUCGAGGAGGGCAAGGCGGCGUUCACGAAGGAUGAGUCCAAGGGGCCCAUUGUGGAAGUGAGGACGGAGGAGGAGCGCACUCCUAACCAUGAAGGGGGAGGGUCUACAGAGCCUAACGAGACCACCCCUCUGACUGAGCCUGAGCCAGCUGCUGACACUACCGCCACGGUGGUGGACUUGCUCCCUUCUGUAGCCACUAACUCUGAACCUGUCACUGAGAGCUUUAGCACAACCCAGAACAGCCCAGCUAGCGAGAGCACCACUCUCACCUCCAGCACAGCUGGCCCAACCCCUGUCCCGGCUGAGUCCAAAACUGCCCCCAAAACCUCCCCUAAAAGCACUCCUGCCCCCAUCCCCCAGUCCAGCACGGCCAAACCUAGCACCCCCGCACCCCAGCGUGCCACCCAAUCCGACGUGGCUCCCCUCGUUGACCUAAGCGAGGCUCCUAAAGCCACACCCUCGUCCGACCCCAAGCCCCCCACCCCCACAACCCCAUCCUCGAAGCCAGUCAAGGUCCCCUCCAACCCCCCCUCUGCCACAGCCGAUGCCGCACCGCAGAGCCAGCCCGAGUCUGUCCAAAGCCCCUCCGCCACCAGCAGUCAGAAUAAGGACUUACAGAUAGACGGCCUGGCCAAGGAUGUGUUUGAUGCCCCAGGCAAAGGCUCCAAGGCCCCGGCAGACUCCACUGCUGCACCCGCCCAGGACGACGGUAAAAUCGUGACAGACGAUAAAAGUAAAGCGCCGGAGACAGCGACAGAGGUGAAGAAAGCCCUGUCUGAUGUUAAGACAGUCCCGAACGAAGCUGCAAAGACAAAUGGCAACGAGAGCAAAGCAUAAUCCCGACAGCGAGAAGGGAGGGGGUCGGGUGCACCACAGUCACAGACCUCCAGAGGAAAACGUCACACACCACUCCGUCAAACAACAAAAAGCUCAAUAAAGGGUAUUUUUCUUCAGUGUCUUCUAUGAGUUCUCCGAGCAAAAGAUGAGUUUGUUAGACAUGUAGAGCGGGAAUAAGACCUAAUGCACCUGCCUUAGUGUUUCUUUAUCUGUUAUUCCUUUUGUCAUUUUCUCUGUGUUCACGUGAAGGAAAAUCCUUACCUCUAGUUCACUCUCCUUGACCUCCUUUUAUAUGUAACAUCAACGUUACCAGUCUUUUAAAUGGGACAGAAGCUAAGUAUCAUUGGCACAGAUAACCAUGGGAGCUGUAGCUUUACUUCAGAACAAUGCCUUUACGAUGUGCACACACCUUACCCACACACUAUUUCCAUGUUCUCUUUGUUAUGCAGUAAUGCCAUCAUUAUUUCCACUGCUAAUGGAUUUUGGGGUAAUUUUUUGUUGUGUGUUUAAAUAAUGUGCAGAAGUAACUGCAUUUUAUUUUAUUGUAUCUUUAUUUUUCAUGUAUAAUUUUCGAGAACUAGAGAGAGCAUAUUUUUUCAUAUGUGGUUGUCUUUUGUUUUAUUUUUGUUCUUGAAUAUUUACAUUGUGUAAACUCUGUCCCAAGAUUGUGUAGACACAACAAAAACAAAAGAAGACACAGCAGAAAGACAAUGUUUAUUCCACAGUUAUAGAGGUCGGAGUUGGCGGUUAGCGUUACGCAAUUUAUCGUCUCUAAGAUUCCAUUUUUUGGUUAAUUUGUUUUGGCAAAUAUAAGAACACACUUUCUCUAACACACACACACACACACACACCUCUAUAUCUUCUUAAUUAAUUCUCCAAUUAGAUGAGCUUUGGACCUGUUCCACUCCAUGGGUUUCAGGGCUCAGCUUUAACCCCGGAAAUGUUGCAGGUCCCAAGAGGUCACAGGAAGAGACGGGCAUACAGAGUAGCAUGGCUUAUGGGAGAAUGAUGUAAUCAAAGGCCGGAUAUGAGUGGUAGCAGCUGAAUGUAUGAACAGAAGUCCUUAAAAUAGCCUAGAAACAGUCCUAUUUAUUCCCCCAUUUGAUGGCUUUGUCCCAUAACUUCAGAAUACUGUGCCUGUUGCGAACAGCACUUCCAAUGUAGUGAUUGAUUGGGCUUCAUCUCAAAAUGCAAGGGGAUAAAAAUGUAUGUGUUGUGUUUUUCAGCAUAUUUUAUGCAUAUAAACAAAUGUAAUGGCCGGAUUUAUACAUUUCUUAUUUAAGCCAUAGUACUCCGGUGUGGAUUUGGUAAAAUCGAAAAAUAUAAAAUCUGACCUUUUUGUACAGCGUUUGUCAUACGUUAGACUGCAAGCUUGUGCACUGUGAAUGCGUGAAUAUCCUAGUGUGAAUACGUGUUCUUUGUCAUAGAAUUUAAAAAAUAUGCAUAGUUUGGUUGUGAAAGGUAUAGCUAAUAGUACAGACAACAAAAAAGUUCCAUGAAAAACCAUGAAAGCAAUGAGCAGACGAAAACAAGAAGACGGUGCCUUCUGAGACGCUUAAAAAUGCAGCAUGCAUUCCAUCCUGCUCAGUGUCUGCCUGUUCUAGGAGGUGAGAGCAUAAGGUUUCGUGUCCUAGUUCUGUCCAUUGCCAUUCCUUUACUACACAGUCCAAGGAAAACACACAGGAAGAGUACUGACAAUGUAACUGGUUUGUAAACUGUGAAAUUACUAAACCGCUGCGUCAUUGUGUUAGUGCAUUAACUCAGCUUGGGGGGUGAAAAUGGAGGUGGUCAGUUGUGUCCACAUUGUUUUCACAAAGCUCCUCAUUCACUGGUUCUCCAUGUGACUAAUGCAAAAUAAAAUGUUAUCCCCAAACAAACAAGGAAAAACAACAUUCAUUCCAAUGAUUAACGCAUGAUCACUACACCAAAAGUACUUUCACACAAACACAACUUUGGACAUGAUCAAAUAUUUCCAAUCCCAAUUGGCUCAAAUGACUUGCAGUGCUCACGGUUUGUCUUCAAAACCGAACAUCAUUAAUGAAGGGAAAAAAAUAUUUUUCUUGACCUGAAACAAGCAUGCAAUGUACUCUUAUCUUGGAUUUCAUUGGUGUGGCAGCACUGAAAAGUUCCUGAGAAAGGAAUUGACCAAGGCUUUAUCUGUUGUACAUUGAUCUUUUGAAGUGUUCUGUAAACUGUCUGUUCCGAACUUUUUUGUUUUCUUCAAAAUAGACAUCAAGUGCUUUUACUCCACAAGGCUCUGUAAUGUAAAGAGGUGUGUUCAAAUGACAAUUUCUGAUUAAAUGUGUAUAAACCAUUCCUAACCAUGUAAUAAAAAAAAAGAUAUGGGUUUCUCUUGACCCAAAAAAAGCUGGACUGCUGUGGCUUUUGACCUGUAUGUUCAAAUGCUAUGAUAAUGUGGGACCAAUUCCUAUGUACGUUUACAUUGAAAUUUUCAUUAGUGUACUGUGCCAUGAAACUUAUUUCAGGAAAGAAGUCGGGGGAACAAAAAAACAAUUUUCAAAAACUUUAGUAAUGCCAUGAGAAAGGGAAAAACGCUCUUUCUCUCGGACUUCCUCACUUCCUGAAAGUAACCGCUUACCUGACACCGUUGGCUUGGUGAAAGUGAGGUGUCACCGUAUUGCUUCCACCUCACCAAUCAUGCCAGUUUAUUUCAAGGAAUACAGGAAGUACGGAGGCGUUUUUUCAAGUAUUUGAAUGGAGUCUAGGGCCAUGUUCAGUACGAAAACAUUGUGGAAUGUUGCAGAUAGAAUUGCCAUGACUAGAGAUGACAUGAUUGCUUAGUCUAUAUAAAGAUAGAAAUGUAUGAUGUCGAACAAAAAUACCUAUCUGAACGUUGGCCAAUGUUGUGACCUGCUGAACGUUGCCCAGGCAAUCCAACGAGGUUUGGAGUCUCUUACUCCGAUAGCCAAACAAAAGUUGGUAAUGUGACAUUUUCAGUCAGAUAGGGGCGUUUUCCCCACCAAUAUGUUUCCCAGAGACCUCCAUUCUCAUUCUUACCCACCAUUCCCUGCUUUUGGGGCCUUCUCUCUUGUAUACAGAUUUUUACUAAGUGAAACAUUGGUACCACCUCUCUUUCCGCUGUCACUGGUGUAUAUACUGAGUACUAACCGAAAAGAAGAAAAAAAACAGUUUGACUUUGCAUUCUGUCAGAAAUUGUGUUCAAUAAAGUUAAAGGAAAAAUA